AUGUCUUCUGAAGCUGUGGACGUGCGGAAUGUGACGACCAUCGGACAUGUAGACCACGGUAAAACGACAUUGAUGGAUGCUCUCCUCGCGGCGAACAACAUCAUAUCUUCUCGAAUGGCGGGAAAAAUCAGAUACAUGGACAGCCGAGAGGAUGAACAACAAAGGGGCAUUACUAUGGAAAGUAGUGCAGUUUCCUUGAGGUUCAAGGUCAUGGAUAGGACUACCGACGGAGGAAGCUCUCCUAAAACAUAUGUUGUUAAUAUGAUCGAUACACCGGGCCAUGUCGAUUUCUCGAGUGAAGUCUCUACCGCGUCUCGCCUGUGUGACGGCGCUUUGGUCCUGGUCGAUGUAGUGGAAGGCGUUUGCACACAGACAAUCACUGUUUUGAGACAAGCGUGGCAAGAUCGGCUACGACCCAUUCUUGUCAUUAACAAAUUCGACCGUCUCAUCACCGAACUGAAACUUUCUCCGACUGAGGCAUAUUUUCACCUUUCGCGGUUGAUUGAGCAAGUAAACGCGGUUAUGGGAGGGUUCUUUGCUGGAGAUCGUAUGGAAGACGAUCUCCGGUGGCGAGAAGAAAGAGAACGUCGUUUAACAGCAAAAAAUGAAUCGCAUGCCGCCGAGGUAGUUGCAACGGUCAAUGAUGCUGAUGAAUUCCAGGAGAAGGACGACGAGGAUAUCUAUUUUGCCCCCGAGCGUGGAAAUGUUGUUUUUGCUUCUGCAAUCGACGGAUGGGGUUUCCGCAUCGGCAAGUUCGCCCACCUAUAUGCCGUCAAGCUGGGAAUGAAGGAGGCGAAUCUGCGCACUGUAUUGUGGGGCGACUUCUACCUAGAUCCCAAGACGAAGAGGGUGAUCAGUUACAAGCACCUUCGCGGCCGCGUCUUGAAGCCGUUGUUUGUACAGUUCGUGCUGGAAAACAUCUGGGCAGUGUACGAUGCUGUAAUUCUAAACCCAAACCCCGACAAGAUAACCAAAAUUGUUGAUGCACUUAACUUGAAGAUCCCGCCUCGCGAUCUGAAGUCGAAAGACAGUCGACAAUUACUCUCCACGGUUUUUUCCCAAUGGCUCUCCCUCUCUACUUGCAUCAUCCAAACCAUUGUCGACAUCGUCCCCCCUCCACCUGUGGCCCAGAGUACUCGAAUCCCAAAGAUGCUCUACCCCGAUGCGUACGAAGUCACUGUCGCGAAGAACAAAAUUGAAAGGGACCUCUACGCUUGCAACGCAGGAGAAGACGCAUACGUAGAAGCGUUCGUGAGCAAGAUGUUCGCCGUUCCAGCGAAGGAGUUACCAAAGAACAAGAAGAAGCCAAUGACCGCUGAAGAAAUGCGGAGCAAAGCCCGAAACGGUCGGGAAGCUAGAGCAGCCUCGCAUGCCACAGAUGGUGACGCAGACGCAGGUAUUCCACCGAUCCCACUAGAGACAACAUCGGAGGAGCUCGAGGUUAAAGACGAGCCGCUGGUUGUAGAGAACGAAACUCUGCUUGGGUUCGCACGGAUCUACUCCGGGACCAUCCGAACUGGAAUCACCAUCUGCUGUGUGCUGCCGAAAUUUGAUAACAGCCUCGAAGCAACUCAUCCUCGGAAUGUGCCACAUGUAGUCUUUGCACAUGUGGAGGCUCUGUAUGUCAUGAUGGGUCGGGAACUCGUCCCAGUAGAGAGCGUGCAAGCGGGGAACGUCUUCGCCAUUCAAGGGUUGAACGGGAAAGUUUGGCGCAGUGCGACCUUGUGCUCGCCCAGUCACAACGGCGUUGGAGGCAGCCCAGAUGUCACCCAGUAUAAGGAGUGUCUGCUCAAUUUGGGAGCUGUCAAUCGCUAUGCUGCUCCCAUCGUCCGUGUUGCUCUCGAGCCAAAAAUGCCUGUUGAUAUGCCAAAACUCAUCCACGGCCUCAAGUUGCUCAGUCAGGCGGACCCAUGUGUCGAGACUUACCAGCAGCAGACCGGCGAACAUGUCAUUUUGGCUGCAGGAGAACUUCAUCUCGAAAGAUGCCUGAAAGAUCUCCGGGAGCGUUUUGCCCAGGUCGAGAUCCACGCUUCGAAGCCGAUUGUUCCAUUCAGGGAAACUGCUAUGAGAGCUGCCGAUAUGGCACCGCCGAAGACAGCUCAUGCCAAGCGAGGGACAAUUUACGGAAGCAUCUCCAACAAUCUGGUCAAGUUCACUAUCCGAGCUUCUCCACUGCCGAAGUUAUUAGUGGACUUCCUGCUAGACAAUCUCGCGACCUUGAAACGGUUGCAUACGGAGCAAGUGAAGAUCGAUGACGUGACUGGCACAGAUGCCAAAGCGAAUGCAGAUACCGAAGAGGAUCUCGAGGAGGUGUAUGGCGAGAUCAUCGAGAAAUCCAGCAUUCCCCCUGAAGACUUCUGGCGAGCUCUAGAAGGGAAAUGCCGUGAAGCUGGCGGCGAAUGGAUUGACGUUGUGGAUAAGCUCUGGGCAUUUGGACCACAGAAAGCGGGAAGCUGUGUGCUCAUAGAUGCUAGAUGUGACAGCAGUCCUAACUCGCUCAAGAAGGCUCUCAACCGUCAAAAAGGCGACGAUUCGAGGGAGCAUUCGAAGCGGGGGUUCGACAACAGUUUGGAAGCCGGUUUCCAGCUGGCAACUUUCCAGGGACCUCUCUGCGCAGAACCCGUACAAGGGCUUGCCUACUUCGUUGAAUCUGUUGAAAUUGAUAGGGAAGGCAUUGAACAAGAGAGAACUCACAACCGGAUGCCCCAAGUCACCGGGGCGUUCAUCUCCUCGGUGAAAGACGCUUGCAGAAAUGGAUUGCUAGAUUGGUCACCGCGAUUGUUGUUGGCCAUGUAUACAUGUGAUAUCCAAGCUUCAACUGAUGUCCUAGGCAAAAUGUACGGUGUCGUCGCCAAAAGACGCGGGAGGAUCGUCGCAGAAGAGAUGAAGGAGGGUACAGGAUUCUUCACUGUCCGUGCCCUUCUGCCUGUGGUGGAGAGUUUCGGCUUUGCGGACGACAUACGAAAGCGCACAUCAGGUGCAGCGAGCCCGCAACUCAUCUUUAGCGGGUACGAGAUGCUCGAUCAAGAUCCCUUCUGGGUACCGAGUACAGAAGAAGAGCUGGAAGACCUUGGGGAGAAAGCCGAUCGAUCUAAUGUGGCGAAGGGGUACAUGGACGCCGUGCGAGAACGAAAAGGCAUGUUCGUGGAUCGCAAGAUUGUCGAGUUUGCAGAGAAGCAGAGAACACUGAAACAUUAG